GCUUUAGUGAGCUCUGUCUUUCAUGAUGUCGAACUAUGCUCGAUCUCCAAGUGAUCGCAUUGGUUCCUUGUAUAUCCUCGUCAUGACCCGCUGCCAUGACUUAUAGAGGAAACGGUACCAUGCCUGUUUUUUCACUGGCCAUAGCCAUCAUCUGUCAUUCAAUUCUCGCUAUGACUGAGAGACUGAGAAGCUUCCACCAGUGCAAGUUUGAGGUAUCGAAAAGCCAUGCCCAUGUUUCUUUCGAUGAUUAGAUGUUUGUUGGCCAAUUUGCGAGUGUCUUGUUUCGAUUCGGAAAAUCGAUGAAUAAUUGAGCCUUAUCCGUUCUUGUGGAUACUCUGCUUCGUACUGCUAACUCCAGACACAACCUCAACCCCACGGAACGCUGGAACCGCUUCCGAUUUGUCUGAUCUAAGGGAGGAACGAUGAUUCGGCACUUUGGAUUCGCUUUAUUCGACUAAUAACUAAUUCAAC